UUUUGUAGCAAUUUUAAAAAAUCGAAAGCGAUAAUCUCUCCUCAUUGCGCGGUUCCGAUUUAAAGAACUAAAAAAAUUCGAAAAUCCCAAUUUUGUAUUUCCGUUUUAAUUUCAUCAAUUUAUUUAUUUUGUUUCCGCUCCCUGAAUGACGGGAAAUUUCCCUCCCAAUCUAACCUCUCCUUAGUUGGUGUUUGGCUCCAAAGAAAAUUAAACGAAACAGCCAAGGAGAAUAAAAUUCAAGAGGCAAUGGAAAGUGAAGGGAACAGUGAGAAAAAACUGAGCAGCAGCAAACUGAAGAAAGGAAGUAACAUCAUACCACUCACCGGAGCUGCCGCUCUUCUCACACUCGCUGUUAGUCUUGCUAUCACCGCUAUCAACAAACGACGAAACUCCAAGAGAAAAGAUCUUCCGGGAUGUAAUUUCCGAGUAAAUUUGUCGGCGAGUGAGAUUCUAAAAUUAGCUGACCGAAUCAUAGCAAAAUCAAAGGAAGUUCAUGACGCCGUUGCUUCAGUACCGCUUGAUAAGGUUACAUAUAAGAAUGUUAUUUCACCGCUGGCGGAAUUGGAGGCUCAACAGUUUCCAUUGGUGCAAUCAUGUGUGGUUCCUAAGUUGGUCUCUACUUCAGAUAAAGUGCGUAAAGCUAGCGCUGAAGCCGAGAAGAAAAUAGAUGCCCAUAUAUCUUCCUGCAGUAAACGCGAAGAUGUAUACUGUGUUGUCAAAGCUUUUGCUGCAAAAGGGGAGUGGAUGGGCCCAGAAGCAAGACACUAUGUUCAUUGCUUGAUGAAAGAAUUUGAACGGAAUGGAUUGAAUCUUACAGCAACAAAAAGAGAAGAAGUGCAACGCUUGAGAGCUCAAAUUGAUGAGCUCAGCUUUCAAUAUGUUCAGAAUUUGAAUGAUGAUGGCACUUCUGUUUUGUUCCAUGAGAAUGAGCUAGCCGGACUACCAGCAGAGUUUCUCAAGACUUUAGAAAAAGCAGAGAAUGGGAUGUUCAGAGUCACAUUGAAAAGUCAUCAUGUGGCAGCAGUGUUGGAGCUAUGCAAGAUAGGAAAGACAAGAAGGUUAGUAGCUAUGGCAUAUGGAAAGAGAUGUGGAAAAGCCAAUCUCUCUGUCUUGGAAGAUUUGGUUCAAGCUCGUCACAAAUUUGCUCGAUUACUUGGCUAUUCAAACUAUGCAGAAUAUGCUUUGAAUCCUAGAAUGGCUAAGACGCCCUCGAAGGUAUUGGAAUUCUUAGAGGACAUUUCUUCCAGUUUAUCAGACUUAGCCAAUAAAGAGCUGGCUAUGUUGAAAGAGUUAAAGAAGCAAGAUGAAGGAGAGCUUCCAUUUGGAGUUGAAGAUCUCCUGUACUAUGUAAAGAAGGUUGAGCAACAGGAAUUUGAUCUGGACCUUGGAGCUCUGAAACAGUACUUUCCUGUCAAUUUGGUUCUAUCUGGAAUUUUCAAAAUAUUUCAGGAUCUUUUUGGUUUAAGGUUUGAGGAAAUUGCAGAUGCUGAUGCCUGGCACAGUGAUGUUCGAAUGUUUUCUGUUUUUGACUUGAGUUCUGGUGAACUUUUGGGUUAUUUCUACCUCGACAUGUACAAGAGGGAAGGGAAAUAUGGUCAGACUUGUGUGGUUGCACUUCAAAAUGGCUCGGUAGCGUUCAAUGGUGCACGACAGGUUCCACUGGCAUUGCUAAUUUCUCAAUUGCAGACUGACAUUGGUGGCAUUCCGAGUUUGCUAAGAUUCACGGAAGUGGUCAGUCUUUUGCAUGAGUUUGGCCAUGUGGUUCAACAUCUAUGCAACCGUGCAUCGUUUGCUAGAUUUUCUGGGUUGCGUGUUGAUCCUGACUUUGUGGAGAUCCCUGCUAAGGUUCUUGAAAAUUGGUGCUAUGAGAGCUUCUCAUUGAAGUUAAUAUCUGGUUUCCAUCAGGAUAUUACAAUGCCCAUUAAGGAUGAAAUAUGUAAAUCACUUAAAAGAUGGCGUUAUUCCUUUUCGGCUCUUAAAUUGAAGCAAGAAGUUCUUUAUUGUCUUUUUGAUCAAAUUAUACAUUCUGCUGAAAACGUUGACAUUUUUGAGUUAUUCAAACAUCUUCAUCCAAAGGUAAUGGUGGGAUUGCCAAUGUUAGAAGGAACUAAUCCAGCUUCAUGCUUCCCACGUUGUGCUAUCGGUUAUGAAGCUGCUUGUUACAGCCGUAUUUGGAGUGAGGUAUUUGCAGCUGAUAUUUUUACGUCAAAGUUUCAAGAUGGGCUUCUGAACCAGCAUGUUGGUAUGCAGUUUAGGACCAAGGUAUUGGCACCCGGAGGAGCUAAGGAUCCAAUUGAAAUCCUGUCUGAUUUUCUUGGAAGAGAACCAUCAAUUCAGACAUUUAUCGACAACAAAAUUGAAUGCAGUUUGUGGCACUGAAAGUUUUGGGUAAUUCAUCUUGAUACCUCGUCCUUUUACACUGCAAGAUAGGAAUCCGCAUAGAGCUAUCUUGGCCUAGUUAUGAUCAGCAUUUCUUCUGCUUGUACAUAAAAAGUUGUGUUGUUUUGGUUGAAAAUGGUUGUGAGAUGCGGUUAGGGUUUUGAUAAUUCGAUGUCUAUUAAACUAUCUAUACCCUGAUGAGUAAGUUUGAAUUCAGUGCGUGGGUGGGUGAUGUUGUAGGAAUUUUGUGGUGUUCAGCACUCUUUUCGAUUAAAAGGAUUUUAUUAUAUAUACAUUAGUUUUAAGUUGCAGUUAA